AUGGCGAGGGUGCGGUCGCGGGGAUCCCCUCGGGGCCGGGGCGACCGGCGACGCAGAUGUGGGGAAGCAACCUCGGGGCGGCGGCAACUGGCGGCGCGGCCGACGGAGAUCCCCUCGUGGCGGCGGCUGCCGGUGGCGCUGGCUUGGGGGAUCCACCUCAGGGCGGCCGCGGCUAGCAGUGCAGGCGUGGGGAAGCUUCCUCAUGACGACAGUGGCGGCGCGGGCGUCGGAGAUCCACCUCGAGGUGGCGUCUUCCGACGGCAAGACCGUGGGGGAGCCCUCUUGGGGCGGGGGCGGCGUGGGCGUCGGGAUCCCAGGCGGCGGAGAGGGAGGGGAGGGGGGCACGGCGGAGAGGGAGGGGAGGGCGGGGCCGCGCCGGCGCCGGAGAGGGAGGAGGGGAAGGAGGAGACGCUCCACAACCUCGAGUGCUACCUGCACGGCGUCGCUGGCGAGCAGGGCAGCGCCGGAGGGUUGAGGCUGGAGGUGGACCGCGACGUGGCGCUGGUGAACAAGGGCGCCGACGAGCUCAGAGAUGAGUACCCGGUGCCGGCGAACUGGUGGGUGCCCGAGAACAAGUGGAUGGUCAGGGGUGCCGACGGCCACUGGAUGCUCAAGGACUUCGAGGAUAUCUAA